GUGUGCUUUUGCGACAGCAUGACGCAAGCAGGUCUUGGCGGGAAAAGUUGUGCAUUUGGAUUCCUGUGGCAGCUGGCAAAGAACUGCUUGUCGCUGUGCUUGGAGUCAUGGCAGUGCCUUUUGUGGAAGACUGGGAUUUGGUGCAAACUUUGGGAGAAGGUGCCUAUGGAGAAGUUCAACUUGCUGUGAAUAGAAUAACUGAAGAAGCUGUUGCAGUGAAAAUUGUAGACAUGAAGCGGGCCAUAGACUGUCCAGAAAAUAUUAAGAAAGAGAUCUGCAUCAAUAAAAUGUUAAACCAUGAGAAUGUGGUGAAAUUCUAUGGCCACAGGAGGGAAGGCAAUAUCCAGUAUCUGUUUCUGGAGUACUGUAGUGGAGGAGAACUUUUUGAUAGAAUAGAGCCAGACAUAGGGAUGCCUGAACAAGAUGCUCAGAGGUUCUUCCACCAACUCAUGGAAGGGGUGGUUUAUCUUCAUGGAAUUGGAAUAACUCACAGGGAUAUUAAACCAGAAAACCUCCUCUUGGAUGAAAGGGAUAACCUCAAAAUCUCUGACUUUGGCUUGGCAACAGUAUUUCGGCAUAAUAAUCGUGAACGCUUACUGAACAAGAUGUGUGGGACUUUACCUUAUGUUGCUCCAGAGCUUCUAAAGAGAAAAGAAUUCCAUGCAGAACCAGUUGAUGUUUGGUCCUGUGGAAUAGUACUUACUGCAAUGUUGGCUGGAGAAUUGCCGUGGGACCAGCCCAGUGAUAGCUGUCAGGAAUAUUCUGAUUGGAAAGAAAAAAAAACCUAUCUCAAUCCUUGGAAAAAAAUCGAUUCUGCUCCUCUGGCUUUGCUUCAUAAAAUUCUAGUUGAGACUCCAUCAGCAAGGAUCACCAUCCCAGACAUUAAGAAAGAUAGAUGGUACAACAAACCACUUAACAGAGGAGCAAAGAGGCCACGCGCCACAUCAGGUGGUAUGUCAGAGUCUUCUAGUGGAUUCUCUAAGCACGUUCAUUCCAAUUUGGACUUUUCUCCAGUAAAUAGUGGUUCCAGUGAAGAAACCGUGAAGUUCUCUAGUUCCCAGCCAGAGCCGAGGACAGGGCUUUCCUUGUGGGACACUGGUCCCUCGAAUGUGGACAAACUGGUUCAGGGCAUCAGUUUUUCCCAGCCUACGUGUCCUGAGCAUAUGCUUGUAAACAGUCAGUUACUCGGUACCCCUGGGUCUUCACAGAACCCCUGGCAGCGCCUGGUCAAGAGGAUGACACGAUUCUUUACUAAAUUGGAUGCGGACAAAUCUUACCAAUGCCUGAAAGAGACCUUCGAAAAGUUGGGCUAUCAGUGGAAGAAGAGUUGUAUGAAUCAGGUUACUGUAUCAACAACUGAUAGAAGAAACAAUAAGUUGAUUUUCAAAAUAAAUUUGGUAGAAAUGGAUGAGAAGAUACUGGUUGACUUCCGACUUUCUAAGGGUGAUGGAUUAGAGUUCAAGAGACACUUCCUGAAGAUUAAAGGGAAGCUCAGUGAUGUUGUGAGCAGCCAGAAGGUUUGGUUUCCUGUUACAUGAGGAAGCUGUCAGCUCUUCACAUUCCUGGUGAAUAUAGUGCUGCUAUGUGACAUUUUUCUUCCUAGAGAAGAUUAUCCUAUCCUGCAAACUGCAAACAAUACUUGUUGAAGAGUUCUCUUCCCAUUACCCAAACAUCUGAUUUGUAGUGUUUGGCAUACAAAUACUACUGUAUUUUAAUUGUAUGUAAUGCUUCGGGGAAAGGAUGGAUCAAAUUCAUUUGGUAUUUCUCCAGCUGUGUUUAAAUUGUCUGGAUUUGAAACCAAGUUAUGGGAUACUUGAGUUUGCCAGCUUUUAUAUCCAUGUAGUAGUAUCACUUCUGAAAAAUCAAAAGCUUGUUUCAUCUCAAGCAAAAUAUUUUCUUCUCUGUCUAUUUAAUUGUAAGGAUGAACAAACACAGACCAUGUACAGUUGAUUGGUUCGUGAAUGAGGCCAGCCACAAAAACGUGUAUGUUAAUGUAUGUACUAUAUUUUCAGUUUGGGUAUAUGUGCUGCACAAGGGCUUGACCAAUUAUAAAACUUUUUUGAGUUAAAGUGCUUUAAAUUGCAAAUUUUCCCCCUCGUGUAGCUUGUCAAAUAUAAAGCCUAAUUUGGUUGGAUUUUCACAAAGUUGAUCAUAAGCUCUAGUGCUUAAGUGACUUUACUUUAAAAAUUACACACUUAAACAUUUUUUUCUACAUUCACAGCCAUAUUUUAAUUACUCUAGAAAUAAACUCUAUUUUUAAAAUCAAUAUCUAACUCUGAGCUUAUUGGCUAGCCACCAAGUUUCUAGAUGACACUGACUGAAAAGGAGACGUGAGUAAGGAAAUACAGGAGUUGACCGGAUCCUUGUUCCUCACCUUGUACACUCACUUAAACUUUGAUUUGUUCAUAAAAUUUAUAUUAAAAUAUGAAUAUAUGAUUGGGGUCCUGUAUUCCUUUUUGUAGAUAAAUUCCAACAUUACUUAGUCUGAAAGUUGAGAACAUUUAAAUUUUAUGGCUAAAGUUUAUUACAUGUUGGUGUAUGCUGUUGUCACCCACUUAACUCUCCCAUCCUCAGAAGUUAACGUGAACCUACUCUAUUCAGUCUCCUGUUUCCCACUUGUAGUCCCACUGUGGUUAAAGUCAGCCAUCUUGUUAAAAACGCUACUUAUUCGAACCCCAAGACUCAUCUGCGCUGUACUGUUUUAUGUCAUCGUCUUCUUCAUCUGAUGGUAUGCAGUACUGUCUUCCGAGCCUGUAUCUCUCAAGUCAUGAUUGAUUUCCGCCAUUACUUGGCACCUACUCAACUGUAUUGCUUUGGUCUCCAUGAUUUUUGAAUAUUCUUGUACUUCAUAUAAGUAGAAUUGUAUAUUUGCCUCUUAGUGUUUGGCUUACUUCAUAACAACUGUUUUCAGGAUUUAUCUAUGUUAUAACAUAUCAGGCUUCAUUCCUUUUGGUGACUAAUACUCCAUAUUAUGUAGGUCUGUGCGUGUGUGUGUGUGUAUAUGUAUACUCUUUCAUAUGAUCAUGUAUAUUUGGAUUGUUGCCACCUUCUGUCCAUGUAAUUGAUUACUGGUGUGAACAUGAAUAUAUAAGUACCUGCUCAAGUCUGUUUUUAAUUUUUUUGUGUAUAUACCCUGAGGUAGAAUUGCUAUGUCAUGUGAUAAUUGUGUGUUGUUUAUUUUUUUCUGCUUAUAAAAUACAACAAUUUAUUU